CGUUUGUGACGAUUGAACGUGACCGUUGUUUGCUUGACCCGGCACGCAUAUGAAAUUCAAAAGACUGUGUAUCUCUAUUUGUAAUACCGAAACCGCGAUCGUCUACGACCCGUCGAAUAACGCGAGUGGGUUCAUUUGUGCGAACAAUAAAUAUUUCCCGUAUGAUCGACGUAAUUCGGUCUUAACCUUUAACGUAAAAUGUCGGGUAGAGUGAUGCCAGAGCGCAGAUUCCUCAGUCGUUCCUUCACCACUAAAAUUGCCUUGGCACUUUUGUUGUUAGUAAUAUUUUUUGGAUUCCCUGCUCUUUGCGGGGCGCACGGACAUUCACACGAUGAACCACCGAGCUUCAAAUACACUAAAGAGGCAAAUGAACAAUUCAAUCAGAAGGCGCAUUCACAUCAUCACAGCCACUCAGAGGAACACGAACACGACCAUCAUCAUGAGGGAGGUUCCCACCCAUCUAAAUCCCAAGACACCGCUUCAGGUCUGGUAGAUAGAGAUCUCAUGUCACUCUGGAUAAAUGCGGUUGGAUCAACCCUCUUGAUCUCUGCUGCGCCAUUCCUAAUCCUCUUUCUGGUGCCUUUGGAUAAUACCAAAGAGAAAGAGCCCUGGCUAAAAUUGGUACUUAGCUUUGCUUCUGGUAGCUUGCUAGGUGACGCAUUCUUGCAUUUGAUUCCCCAUGCCCUCACACCUCAUUCUCACUCUAACGACAAAUCUCAUGCACAUAGUCAUAGCCAUGAUGGAGGAGAAGAACACGGGCAUGACAUGACUGUUGGUCUUUCGGUUUUGCUUGGGAUAAUUACGUUCCUGGCAAUCGAAAAAGGCGUACGAUUGAUCAAGGGGAACCAUUCUCACUCCCAUAGUCAUGGCGGUGCGGCAAAAGAGAAAAAGCAUAGCAAGGCUAGUGACAAAGACAAGUCUUCGUCAGUAAAGAAGAAAGAACCUGUCGAAGAUAUAAAGAUUGCUGGCUACUUGAAUUUAGCUGCUGAUUUUACACACAAUUUCACAGAUGGACUCGCGAUUGGAGCCAGUUAUUUAGCUGGAAACAAAAUUGGCAUUACGACUACAAUCACUAUUUUAUUUCAUGAGGUGCCUCAUGAAAUUGGAGAUUUUGCUAUCCUUAUUCAAAGCGGAUGCAGUCGAAAGAAGGCUAUAUGGCUACAACUCAGCACUGCGCUAGGAGCUGUCACUGGAACUUGUGUUUCGUUGUUAGCCGAAGGAGCAGGUGAUUUUGCAACCUCCUGGAUACUGCCAUUCACCGCUGGUGGAUUCAUUUACAUUGCAACUGUGUCUGUGAUACCUGAGCUCUUGUCUGACACCAAAUUUUGGCAGUCUAUCAAAGAGAUAGCCGCUUUGCUAUUUGGGGUAUUUGUGAUGGUACAAAUAGCACAGUACGAAUAAUUAUUAAUCUCUAGUAGGUUUAGUAAACCUCCGUGGGAUAUCUGUGCGUGGCUUCCGACAAUGUAUUUUUUGUCAAACAUUUUAUUAAUGCUAGGUUAAUUUCAGUAAGCCCGUUUGAUUAUUGAGAAUAUUUACUGCAGUACGAGGACCGUAUCUAAAUAACUUCUUUAUAAUAAAAUUUUGUGACUUGUGUUCAAGAGAUAUUAGUAUACAAAUAUAUUUUUCAUUCAAUCUAUGGGCAAGAAUUAUUCAUUUCAUAGCGUGAUCGAAUAGUGGGAACAAUUUGCGUAGAUUUUACAGUGACCAACACAUAGUCAUUAUUCAAUGGGAGGCAGAUAACACUUGACCGACUGAGAAUUAUUUGAUAUUACAACGGGUAAGGUACCCUUGUGGGUCCAUAUUAUAUGAUACAUCACAUAAUUUGUUAAAAUUCGAACAUCAUCAUGUGCCUGAUGUGAAUGAUAAUUGACUCGCCUAUCAACCAUUCGUCAUGUAGUGCACGGUAUCGAAUUGAGAUAACAAUACUUAUAGCAUGAAAGCAAUUUAUAAAUUUUGAUCUAAUUUAGACUUCAAUGAUCAAACGUGACAGACUAAUGAAAAAGAAUUGAAGAGUUUCGUUAAUGGCCAGAGAACAUUGAACGAGUCAUACGAUACCCACGUAAACCACAUUUGUAAGAUAUUUCAGUCUCGUUAGCCAAUUAUUGUUCAACCAAAAGAUCUGUGGAGACUUGAGUAUCCUGAUGACUUGAAUACCACCAUCAACCAGUAUCUCUUUUGAAAUAUAUAAUCAUGCAGAAUUAA